AUGCAUCCGCGCACAUCUGGUCAGGGGCUCUUCCCGCGCUACGGCGGAGGCUGGAUGCACCAGUUUGGCCACGUGUACGCCCUUCAACAGGAGCUUCUGGACCCAAGUGCAAGUAACUGGUUCCGCGCUGUGGAGCUGUGGCACACGGCGCGUCAGGAAGGCGUCGCCAUGAAUGUGAGCCACUUCACUUCUAUUUUGCGACAGUGCAUUCAGCCAGGGGCAUGGGUGCAGUCACUGCAGGUGCUGGAGCAGAUGAAACGGGAGAAUAUACGUCCCGAUGUGGUCGGCGUUGGCUGCGCUCUGGCGGCGUGUGUUGAGGGCAUGCAUUAUGGGGAAGUGGAGGACAUCUUUGCCGCCUUCCACAAGACAAUGCUACUCGACAGCAUUUGCUACCUGGCGCUGAUCCGCGCGCGGCAAGAGAGCGGCAAUGCCAAGGCCGCCAUCGCAGCUGGCAGGCAGCAGCAGGCAGAGCAGGUGCCUUUUCUUCCGUAUACCUACACGCAUCUACUCGAGGCAUGCAACGCUGAGGAUGAUUCCGCCUACGCCAUGGAGCUCGUUCGCAACAUGCACAGCGAGCAAUGGGCCCCAUCACAACGAGCAAUGCUGGCCAUCGAGGAUCUGGGACGGCGCCACAAGGGACUGGCGACAGUCUCAAGACCGCUACUAUCUACAAGUGACAAGACAGACGGCGCACUGCGCUCGCUCGAUGCCUCAAAGUGCCUUCCUCGGCUACAGUAG